AUGUCGAGGCAUCUCUACAAGCAGUACUUGCGGUUAAUCGCAAAAUGGCCGAAGGAUCAGUUUAAAACUCCGGAAAGAGAUUUGUCUAUGUUCCUAUCUAAGCAAGUAGAAACUGUUUUCAAGUCUCCCCCAACAGAGGCAGGGCUAUGCGAGAGGCGUUAUCACGCACUCGAAAAGUUGUAUAACAACGAGGUAAUAACGCUGUACCCUCAUAAAUAUACUUCAGGUGUUUUUGGAUUGAAACUUCAUCAAUUACAGGAAGCUAGUAGCGAAGCUAAUCGUAAGCAUUUCGGUCUAGCAAAGAAGGAAAAUAUCAUUAGAAAGGCUUGGAAUCUUGUAGCCCCAGCAAAAGAGUCAUCGCACAAGUCUCAAUGA